CAUGAACAUAUGAAGGGCUCAAGUGUUUAUUCAAGAGAGACGAACCUGAGAAAUGUUCUCAGAGUUAACUACCAAGAACCGGAAGUACCUAAGGAUGACGACUACUUCUUCUGUGAUGAGUGUAGGACUUUCUUCCUCGAAGAGUGCGAGGUCCACGGUCCUAUCGUCUUCGUGGCUGAUCGCCCCGUUGCUGUCAGAGAGAAAGACCGAGCCAAGAAGACGCUGCGCGCUGGGUUUGAGAUCAGAGAUUCUGGGAUCCCUGGGGCCGGUCUAGGGGUGUUUUACUGUGGAGACGGUGGCCUUCCCAUUGGAACACACUUUGGACCCUACGAAGGACACAGGACAGAUGAAGAGGGAGCCCUGGAGAGUGGAUACUCCUGGGAGAUCUACAAUAGCAGACACAAUGAUUACAUUGAUGCAAAGAGAGAGACACUUUCUAACUGGAUGAGGUACGUCAAUUGUGCUCGUAAUGAAGAGGAACAGAACCUAAUAGCGUUUCAGCACAAAGGAGGGAUUCUGUAUCGCUCCUGUGGCCUCGUGACUUCAGGAGCAGAGCUCUUGGUCUGGUAUGGGGACGAAUACGCCAGACAUCUGGGAAUCGGAUUUGAUAGACUGUGGAACAACAAGAGCUCUACUAAAGGAGGGAGAUCCCAGCUGACACCAGCACAGGCUUUCCCCUGUCCCGAGUGUCCGUACUCCUACACGUCUCAGAUCUUCCUCCACAAACACGUGAAGAGGAGCCAUGGCGACCUGUACGGCCGACUGCUGAGGAGUGGGGAAAUCAAGCCUCCUAUCAAGAACCAAUCGGAGCCUCCCGGGGAACCGUCCAAAGCACAAGCCAGAUUCCAGCAGAAGGAGCCGGACGCCACAGAUGUGAGAAGUGCAGUAAAACCUUUAGUCACUCUGAUGGUCUGA